AUGAAUAAAAAUUUAAUGCUAGUAAUUUGUUUAUGUUUUGUAAUUAAUGUUUAUUGUGUAGAGGAGAAAGUUAAGUCAUGGAAAGACAAAAGUAUCUUGGAUAUGAAUGAUGCUGAUAUGGAGAGAUUAUUCGACCAGUGGGAGAUUGACGCUUCAGAUCCAGAUAAUUUGUUACGUAUGACAAAAGUCGGAAAAAGUAUUAUGAUGUUUGUUGACCUAAAGAAAGAUCUUACAGACAGUGAAGCUGACAAUAUUUUCCGUCUUUGGCAGGGAAGCUUACAGAAUAAUCAUAUUAUUGCUGAAAGAUAUCCUAUUGAACCAAAACGGGCAGUUUUUAUGUUCCGUGAAGGCUCACAAGCAGUUGAUGCCAAAAACUUCCUGAUAGAUCAACCAGAAUUGGAGCAUGUCACUCUCGAAGGACAAAUUUAUCCAGGGAAACAUUCUGCUCAAAAGAAAGAAAAAACUGAGCUGUAA